AGCUCUCACCUCAUUAUCACUCCAUCCACGUGUCCCAUGUACCCGCACCUCUGACCGCGUCUUUCAUGCCUGCCUCACCAGCGGGCGCUACUACAGCAGCUGCGGAGGUCUUGGCACAGCAGUUCACGGAGCUUGUUGCGCAAUCGCACAAAGCCGGCGGAGCUGCACAGGGAAAGUUUCAGCACAGUAGAAAUGCGCCUGUUCGUGCGAGAAAGGUCGGAGGCGGGUUUCCAGUCCAAUUCUCCGUGAACCGAAAACGUCAUGUUUUGACUCUUUUGAGUAGCUUAUGA